AUGCGCAAGCAUGCAAGUGAAGGGGAAGCUUUACUACCUUCAACAAAUUGCCAUGGUAAUGACACUACUGUAAAUUUGUUGGGGGAGGCAGCAAUUCCAUGCUUGACCUUGAUACUAGGGGCAAACCUUCUGAGAGGUUUAAAUGGAUCAGAAGUUAGCCUGUCUGUGAUUAUAGGGAUUUUAGCAGUGAGGAACAUAGUGAUGCCUCUCUUGGGGAUAUAUUUUGUGAAAGCAGCUCACCGUUCGGGAAUCGUCACAUCGGAUUCCUUAUAUCGAUUCGUUUUGAUGCUUCAGUAUGCUGUUCCGCCUGCAACUGCUGUAGGUACGAUAUCUGAGAUUUUGCAGCUCGGUCAGAGUGAAAGUUCAGUGAUUAUGAUAUGGACUUAUGCAGUGGCGUCAAUCUCCCUCACACUUUGGUCAACCUUAUUCAUGCGGCUUCUGGCUUGAAUUGUUUUCUUCAAAUAAGGGCCAUAUAGCCUAAUUUGCAUCCAGAUUUUU